UGAUUGCGCAAAUGCGUAAAGUAGUGCAGUAGUUGUAUUGUCAUUGCGUACUUAGUCUCUUUUGAAGGAAAGACAGGAACUAUGAACAAAGUUCGAGGCUUUUUUGGAAGUAAGAAGACGAAAGGAAAUGGAGGCAGUCCAGAUGACAAAGAUAAGAAAACGCCAGAUAAACAUGGCCUUUUGAAAGAACCAUGGAGAUGUUUAGGUAGAAAAGGCACCUGGACGGAAAAGUAUGCUAAAGAACUUUUGAGCGAAAUACAAAAACAUGAUUUUAAGAAAACAGAUCUCUCAAACAUUCGUAUUUUGCUACUGGGACCAGUCAGUGCUGGAAAAUCUUCCUUUCUGAAUACAGUAGCUUCAAUCGAUACAGGAAGAAUGUCACAGAUAACCGUUGCAGCAGGUUCGAGUAGCAGUACGACUUCUGCGCUGAAGAAGUAUAGACCAGCAGAGAAAUUAAAGAACUUCUGUAUAUUAGACACAAUGGGAGUGGAGGAUAGCGAUCAGGGAGGUCUCAAUCUUAAGGAUGUUGUGUACGUUGUCAAAGGAAACAUUCCACCUGAUUACAAGUUCAAUCCUGCCAGUCCAAUUGAUGAAGGAAAUAAAGACUUUAGGUCAGAUCCAAACAACAAGGAGAAAAUCCAUUGCGUUGUUUUUGUAAGUGAUGCUAAUGUUAUCGGACAGAACAAUAUUUCUGAUGCGACAAGAGCAAAAAUUAAAGCACUGCAAGAUGAGUUAAAAGUUAUUGAUAUUCCAAGAAUUGUGUUACUAACCAAGAUUGACGUGUUGUGUAAAUUGGUUGAAGCAGAUAUUGAGAAUGUUUACAAGAGUCCAAAAGUUGAAGAAGCUGUACGUCUAGCACAGGAGUUGUAUUAUAUUCCGGAACAAAACAUUUUUCCAGUGAAAAACUAUGAAAAUGAAAUGGAGAUGGACUUCAAGAAAGAUAUCUUACCACUUCUUGCUCUACGGCAAAUGAUUAACGUUGGAACAGAUUUCUUCCGUAGCAGUUCUGCGGCCAGAGAUGACGACGAGGAGUUUUAAAGAAGGAAGAAAAGAAAAACAAAACUGUACCUAUUCUUUCGCUUAUUAGACGCACUCCCUUAUAAGACACCGGACAUACGAUCUGGGAUUUCAUUUUCUUUUACUUUUCUUGUGUUAGACGCUUAUAAGAUGCUCCCAACUUUCUGAACUGGAAAUAUGACUGCUUUUAAUGCGCCUUAUAAGCAAAAAUAUACGGUACGCAAUACCUAUUUUCUAAUUUUGUCAAUACCAAAAUAGUAAUGCUUUAUUAACUUUAGAAAUGACAUUUAUACAUAAUAUUACAUGUACAGUCAUUUUAUCGCCGAAGACCUAACAGCCUUGUUACUGAUAUAUGUAAAUGUCUUAACUGCUGAAUAUACAACCAGAUUUUCAACAGAAUAGAGGCUAAUUUACAAGGGCAAAGGCCUAUACAAUAAAAAAACUAUCAUCAGU